UGCUGCUAUCAGGCAACUGUUCAAACAAAAAUCACCUCCCUCCAUCAUUCUAAAUAUUAACUAGUAUCAAAUCUUUUACCUACACCAUGUCCAACAAUGAAGCUGAUAGUCGUCGUGCUGUCAAUGAACGCAUUGCAGACGCCGGGUCAAAUACCAUAUCAGCCAUUGUUGAUGCGGGCAGGUCCUCCCAGAAGAAGCGAGCAGAGAACCGUGCCAGAAGAGAAGCACAAGAGUCUGGCAAAGAAGCGAAAAGCAGUCAAUCAGCCAGUGGGGCUGAUACAAGCAAAAGUGCAUAACUGAAUGCUAUAUAUACUGUUUGGAAUUAUGCUAUGUCUAACAAGUACUUGCUUUGUUAGAAUCUUUGUCACGCAACUUUACUACCAGGAAAGAAGGAAGCGGACUUUGUGGGCUUUACCUGUUUCUGGACAUCAUGCUUAAUUCUUUCGCUAUACUGUAUGUACCCUGUUCUAGGUUGAUAUGAAUCUAUAGGAGACCAUGUGAUCAUAGUGGCUUGGCCGGAUCACCGAGCUCGAACCCCUGAAGGCUUGACCUAUUAGUAGAUAGUGAGAAGAAGUGGCUGAGACUGUCGAUAGGUCGUCCAUAGAAUCGAGUAUCUAUCGAAAUGGCAUCUGAUCCUCAGUAGGCUACGUACGUGUAGCUGAUACAGCCUCAUUCUGCCCAUCUGCCCAUCUUUCCCCUGAAAUCACAACGUAGGUGAACGACUUUUGAGAUCCUUGG